UGAAUCGUAAACUCAUGUGUGUAAAAAUUGGGAAACAUUAACAGCUCAUGUUUUUGCAGUUUGGAGUGAUAUACGCCUGAAAUAGCCAUGAACGUCCAGCCUUCAAAUCCCAAUAACCCGAUAGUGUUUUUCGACGUCACCAUUGGAGGGCAAGAAGUUGGCAGAAUGAAGAUAGAGCUUUUUGCUGACAUUGUUCCAAAGACUGCAGAAAAUUUUCGGCAGUUCUGUACUGGUGAAUUCAAGAAGGAUGGAGUUCCCGUGGGCUAUAAAGGCUGCACAUUUCAUAGGGUGAUAAAGGACUUCAUGAUUCAGGGUGGAGAUUUUGUCAAUGGUGACGGCACUGGCAUCUGCAGUAUCUACAGGGGACCAUUUGCAGAUGAGAACUUCAGAAUGAAACACUCUGGCCCAGGACUCCUGUCACUGGCCAACAGUGGACCAGGAACAAAUGGCUGUCAGUUUUUUAUUACCUGCACAAAGUGUGACUGGUUGGAUGGGAAGCAUGUAGUAUUUGGAAAAGUGGUGGAUGGUUUGCUCGUCAUGAGGAAAAUUGAGAAUGUACCAACAGGACCCAACAACAAGCCCAAGCUGCCCAUUGUCGUUGCCCAGUGUGGAGAAAUGUGAUAUGUGAUAUAUUUUGUACUGUUACACAUCAGCAAAGACACAUGACCUUUGCUUUAAAGUAAAUAGACAAGCCAUUUUGGAUGACUUACCAUUCAUGAUCUCCAUUUGCAAAUCACAUCCUUUUGAAAAUUUUGUAGUAAUUUUGUGGGAUUAACUGAUUAUUUGUGAAAAAUUAUUGGUUCAACAAGGUUGUUUUAUUUUGUACAAUGUUAAUUACAGCAGAAGUGAAGGUUUGAAGUCGUCAAUGAUCCAAAACCGAUUUCAUGAUUAGCUCAUGUCACUUGCAAAUGUCCAUAAAAGACGAACUUGACAUUCAAGAUAGAAACAAACAUGUAUUCUUUAUACAUUCUGAAGAACAAGGCUUUUUAUUGUUGAUCAGCCUUUUAAAAGGGCCUUGUUAACCCUUGUUGAGGUUUUUUUGUAUCCUUCAAUAAAUUUUGACCCAUGUUUUUU